CUCCACCCACCCCACCGAUUCCGAGUCGCCUGCUUUCCCAGCAACCCGACCGAUCAACCUAUAAAACAAUCACGCGAUCAUUAGACCGUAGCUUCCCUGCACUCUUGUACUACAGCGCGCAAGAUCAUCGCUCCUAGAGCUACAGGUUGGCCAAUGCCUUCUACUGGAGGUCAACCCGACGAUCAGGGAUCACUGUCACCGGUAAGUCGGUCUGCCGACCGGCCGGUCGCGUUCUUGCCGACCUAUCGAGCACUAGCAAUCAUGGAUCCCGAUAUCCAAGAGAUGCGCUCGAAGACACCGACAAGUACGAGGCGCUGGUUAAGCGCAUGACCGGCAGUUCCAUCCGGCCAGUGACCCUCCUGGAAUGGGAGAAGCGUGAGGCGUACGGACACGAGGACAUGGUCCACACAAGGGGUCAUACAGCACAGCCCAACAUGGCGACAUUCAACAACACCAUCUCGCCGACCUCGUCGAUCCUACCCCAAGUCUCUGUCUUGGAGUUCUUCCUCCCUGGCUCUACUAGCAUCAUAACAACCAUGCACUACCUCAACACCGUCCAAGGAAGCGAAGAUUUCGAAGACAUUGUUUGGAAGCUUCAUAGAAAUUCUUUCGAAAAAUCGGCAACGAAAUCGCUCAAUAUCCCUAGUAGCAAAUCCCGACGCCGUGGACCUCGUUCGGAUGCCGAGAGUCCUGAGGCUCUCACGUCUCAGGCGGUAUCUGAAAUGCCAGAUCCCCAUCAACUAGCAGCUUCUAAUAUGGACUCAGUCCCACGUGUCCAUGGUCUAGCAACAGAAGGCGCUCGGAAACGGAAGGCGCCGGACGACCCGCCGGCGGGGAAGCAUGCUCUGUCAAGUGGCGUUAGACAGACUCCUGCUCUCUCUAGGGCCUCCUAUCUCUCGAGGCCGACUCUGAACUGUGCAUUCCCCACCUAUUCAAGGGGUGCUCCCCAAUACCCAGGUGCAGUUAUCUCUGCUCUACCAGGGCUGGAAGGGACAGGCGACAACGGAAGACUGGAUGCAGAAUAUGGGGCGCUAAGAACCCACGUGAUGGACUUGAAACCCCACACGACGUACUUGAAUUACUAUAGGUUCUCAUUAAUGGAUUAGGGUUAUUCAUCACCAUUCUUAGGAACUUUUCUCUACCCGAUCUCCUAGGUCUCCUAGGUCUCCUAGGGAUAUUCACAUAUUUUCAGCCGUUGAGCACGCGUACUGAGACUAAUGCCGUAGACGCCGGAGCCGGAGCUGUAUGAUGCCGAGACGUAUGCGGCUUGGGGUCGAAAACACUUCGGCGAGGAAUGGUAUAAGCAACGGUCGGCUGUCGAAGAAGCCAACAGUAGUCAAGGGUGCG